GGUAUCUAUUAAAAGAGAAGUGAGGUUGGUAUCCACAAUGCCUGUUUGUUGGAACCCUUUAGGAACACACAUCCAGGAUGCCUGAGCCAACUAAAAAAACUGUGAAGCCUGCAGCUGUGGACACUAAAGCUGAUGAAGCUAAAGAGGUUCAACCAGCACCGACUGAAAGUCCAGCAACAGACACCAGUGAACAUGCAUCAAAUGGUGCAGCUGAUGGUGCACAUGAUGCUCUACCUGAAAGUCACCAACCUGACACCCGGCAGGACCUCACUGGUCUCUUCACAGAAAAGCCUCAGAGUGGGGAGGUCACUGUAGGUGAGAAUAUUACUUUCGUGGCGAAGGUGUGUGGUGCAUCUCUUCUGAAGAAGCCCACGGUGAAAUGGUUCAAAGGGAAAUGGAUGGAUCUGGCGAGCAAGUCAGGAAAGCACCUGCAGUUGAAGGAACACUAUGACCGCAACACUAAGGCAUACACAUUUGAGAUGCAUAUUAUUGCAGCUAAAGCUAACUAUGCUGGAGCGUACCGGUGCGAGGUGGCAUCUAGAGACAAGUUUGACAGCUGUAAUUUUGACUUAAUAGUACAUGAGGCUCGUGUACAAGAAGGGUUGGACAUUCGCAGUGCAUUUAGACGCACUAGCACAGAUGGAGGUGAGGACUCAGGAGAACUGGACUUUAGUGGUUUACUGAAAAAGAGAGACAGUUUCUUGAAAACUGGCCAUCGAGCUGUUCAUGUGAGCUCAGAGCCUGAUGUAGAUGUAUGGGACAUCUUGCAGAAGGCUCCACCCUCCGAAUUUGAAAAGAUUGCCUUCCAGUAUGGAAUAACAGAUCUGCGUGGAAUGCUUAAGAGACUUAAAAAGUUGAAGAAAGAAGAGAAGAAAAGUGAAGCCUUUCUCAAGAAGCUGGACCCAGCCUACCAAGUUGAAAAGGGACACAAGAUCAAACUGCAAAUCGAUGUGGCCAAUCCAGAUGUAGAAGUUAAAUGGCUAAAAAAUGGACAAGAGAUUCAUCCAACUGGAAGCAAGUACAUUUUUGAGAGCGUGGGCAACAAACGCUUCCUUACCAUCAACAACUGUACACUCGCUGAUGAUGCUGCCUACACCUGUGUGAUUGGAGAUGAAAAAAGUGUCACUGAACUUUUUGUUAAAGAGCCACCUGUCCUGAUCUUGCGUAACCUAGAAGAUCAGAUGGUAAUGAAAGGAGAAAGAGUGGAAUUUGAAUGUGAGGUGUCUGAAGAAGGGGCUCAGGUGAAAUGGGAGAAAGAUGGUGUGGAACUCACUCGAGACGAGUCUUUCAAGUACCGCUUCAAAAAAGAUGGAUGUAAACAUGUUCUUAUCAUCAAUGAUGUGACCAAAGAGGACUGUGGACAUUACAGGGUCAAAACCAAUGGAGGCCAAUCUUUAGCAGAGCUCAUGGUUCAGGAAAAGCAGCUAGAGGUCUAUCAAAGCAUUGCUGACCUGACGGUGAAGGCCAAAGACGAGGCUAUGUUUAAGUGUGAGGUUUCUGAUGAGAAUGUUAAAGGCAUUUGGUAUAAAAAUGGAGUGGAGGUGAAGCCUGACGCCAGAACUCAUAUCUCACACAUUGGCAGGAUUCAUAAACUUACCAUUGAUGACGUGAAGCCAGAGGAUGAGGGUGACUACACCUUUGUUCCUGAAGGACAUGCCUUCAAUCUCUCUGCCAAGCUCAACUUCUUGGAGGUCAAGAUUGACUUUGUUCCUCGCCAAGAUCCUCCUAAGAUUCAUUUGGACUGCAUGGGUCGCACCGCUGAGUCCACAAUCAUAGUUGUGGCAGGAAACAAAUUGCGACUUGAUGUACCGAUAACUGGAGAUCCUGCACCCACUGUCAUUUGGACCAAAUCUGACAAGGUGCUAACAGAUACAGAUGGACGUGUUCAUGUGGAGAGUACCAAAGGUCAUUGCAUCUUUACCAUCGAGGGGGCGGAGCGUCAGGAUGAGGGCGUGUACUCUGUCAUUGUAAGGAACCCUGCUGGAGAGGACGCAGCCGACAUAAAUGUCAAAGUUGUUGAUGUGCCAGACCCACCUGAAGCUCCCAGAAUCCUUAGCGUCAGUGAAGAUUCUUGCAUUGUCCAAUGGGAUCCUCCAGUCUACAAUGGUGGCCAGCCAAUCAUAGGUUAUGUAAUGGAAAGGAAGAAGACAAAGAGCUACAGAUGGAUGAGACUCAACUUUGACCCUUAUAAAGAGACCACAUAUGAGGCCAAGAGAAUGAUUGAGGGUGUGGCCUAUGAGAUGCGCAUUUACGCAGUGAAUGCUAUUGGCAUGUCACGCCCUAGUGCCGCCUCCCAGCCAUUUGUGCCAAUUGCUCCUACCAGUGAGCCGGUUGGCCUGUGUGUGGAAGACAUCAGUGACACCACCAUCACAUUGAAAUGGAGAGCUCCAGAAAGGAUCGGGGCAGCUGAUCUUGAUGGCUAUGGGGUUGAGUACUGCAAAGAAGGCUCUGAUGAAUGGGUUCCUGCGUUUGCGGGUCUUACAGAAAGGACCUCUGUGAUCAUCCGUGACCUGCCAACUGGGGAGAAGAUGCAGUUUCGUGUGAGGGCAUAUAAUAUAGCGGGCCCAAGCCCUCCCGCCACACUACAGCAGGCAGUGACCAUCCGCGAAAUCAUGCAGCGCCCCAAAAUCUGGGUCCCCCGUAACCUUCGUCAGACGAUCAUCAGGAAAGUAGGAGAAACUGUAAACCUGGUAAUCCCCUUUCAGGGCAAACCCCGGCCUAAAGUGACUUGGACAAAGGAUGGUGAACCUCUGGACCCAAAGCAGGUCAGCGUAAGGAACAGCGACACCGACUCCAUCUUCUUCAUUAGGAGAUCAGAGAGGAAGGAUUCUGGAAAAUAUGAUCUUCAAGUGCAAAUUGAGAAUGUUGAGGACAAGGCCAGUGUGAAUAUACAGAUUGUGGAUCUGCCGGGUCCACCUCAGAACUUAAAGUUGGCGGAUAUUUGGGGCUUUAAUGUUGCACUGGAGUGGAAACCCCCCAAAGAUAAUGGCAACUGUGACAUCACGGGCUACAUCAUCCAAAAGGCUGACAAGAAAACCAUGGAAUGGUAUACUGUAUACGAUCAGUACCGUCGCACGAACUGUGUGGUGUCCGAUCUGAUCAUGGGGAAUGAGUAUGUGUUUCGUGUGUACGCCAUAAACAUGGUGGGGCUGAGUCCAGAGCCUUGCAUGUCUAAAGACAGUGCCUACAUCCAGAAAACAGGCAUGGACUACAAACAUCCUUCUUACAAAGAACAUGAUUUUUCGGAAGCCCCUAAGUUCACACAUCCUCUUAUGAGUCGCUCGGUUAUAGCAGGAUACAAUGUUACUCUAAGCUGCUCCGUAAGAGGAAUUCCCAAGCCUAAAAUCACAUGGUACAAAAACAAGAUAGACCUUACAAACGAGGCCAAGUACAGAAUGUUCACCAAUCAGGGUGUGUUGACUCUGGAGAUCCGUAAACCCUGUCCGUUUGACGGAGGCGUGUACACGUGUAAGGCAAUCAAUGACAGCGGAGAGGACGUAGUGGAAUGCAAACUGGAAGUUCGUUCUCAAGUCACAAAAGAAGAUAUCAAGAAAUGAGAGGCUUGUUUCAGGGUUUGGAAAAUUGUGACUUUGUCCUCUUUCUGUCUUCUGUCCUGAAAAUGACCCCAUGACCAUAAUGUAAUAACAGCACAGAAAUAUUUAUUUCAUUUGUUUUCUUCAUCUGGUUUUCUCUCUCACAUCCCAUUCUGUGUUUUGGUGUGUUUUCUUGUCUUUAUUGCUUGCAUUCAUUUUAUUUGAUUUGAUUUUAUUGUAUUUGAAGUCUGUGUUGUAGAGUCUAGUGACUCAAAAUUUUCCCUUUCAUGUUAUAUAUAUAUAUAUAUCUAUAUAUAUCAUGCCUAAUAAAGGUUUUAAUGAUGCUUUAUGUCAUUGAUGUAUAUAUUUUUUUGGAAAUGCAGCCUUUUAUUAUUUGUUUUUUAAAGUGUGUCCACAAAACAGUUGCACAAAUCCUGUAGCUCCACUUUCCAGUGAACACAUAGGCAUACUCUAGACUGCUUAAAAUGUAAAGCGUGAAUGGAGUCUCAUUUGGAAUAAUCCACGAAUGUAAUGCAAAUCAA